UCUUAGUAUUUACAUAUCUUUGGAAAGAUGGUGAUGGUGGCUUUUCUCCUGUGGGUCAUCUUGGCUCGAGGCAUUGUGGCACGUUGCAGUCCAAACAAAGCAGAUGCCAUUUUGGUGUACUGUUAUCCUAAAACCAUAAUCGCAAGAAUCCCCGAAUGUCCUUAUGGAUGGGAAGUUAAUCAACUGGCUCUUGGAGGAAUUUGCUACAACGGGGUCCAUGAGUCAGGAUAUUACCAGUUUACAAUCCCAGAUUUGUCACCCAAAAAUAAGUCAUACUGUGGAACUCAAUCUGAUUUCAAAAGCCCCAUCUAUCAUUUCUAUAACUCCAUCGUCUCCAAUGACACCUCCGUGAUUGUGAAGAGCCAGCCUGUAAACUACUCAUUUACAUGCACAUACCAUGCAAACUAUCUGGUGAACCAUGCUGCCUUUGACCAAAGAGUGGCAACUAUCCAUGUGAAGAAUGGCAGCUCCGGUUCAUUUGAAAGCCAGCUGUCCCUCAACUUCUAUUCUAAUGCCAAGUUUACAACCAAGAAGGAAGCCCCCUUCGUAGUUGAAACUUCAGAAAUUGGUUCAGACAUAUUUGCUGGCAUAGAAGCAAAGGGCUUAAGUAGCAGAUUUAAAGUAGUUCUGACUAACUGUUGGGCAACCCCCUCAUCAGAAUAUUUCUUUCCAGUCCAGUGGCCUCUGAUAACUAAGGGGUGCCCAACAGAUGACACCAUCAUAGUGCAUGAAAAUGGAAAAGACAGCCGAGCGACCUUCCAGUUUAAUGCAUUUCGGUUCCGGAAUAUUCCCAAACUCUCCAAGGUGUGGCUGCACUGUGAGACGCAUGUAUGUGACAGUGAGAAGUUAUCGUGCCCUGUGUUAUGUACAAAUCGGAGACAACGAAUGGAGCCAACAGGUGGUGUUUUAAUGGCCGAACUCACUGUGAACAAUAGAGGAUUAACAAAGAAUUACAACCUUUCAGGCACAUACCGAGCCGCUCGGUCACCCAGGCCAGCAAACCCUGGGACCCAAAGGCGGCGCGUGUGCGCAGCGCCACUGCGCCUGAUGCACGCGUCACACGUCAUGCGUCAUACUCAGAGGCGCAUACGCAGUGCGUACAAUGCACUGCACAUGUCUGCUGCGCCAUAG